AGAACCUUGGUUUUAUCGAACAAGUAACAGCUUUAAGUGGGAAUUUUUUACAUGUACUCAUUGGAAUAGUAAACUCUUUUGUAGCCAUCGACGCCCUCAAAUUGAUCAUUUAAGGACAGAUCAAGAAAUGAUAAUGGGUGGUUUUAGUGUGUUGACAAGCUGUCACCUGGUUUAUGGAAUUGAAGGAAUAGUACACAUAAGAAGUAGGGAGAAUUGAGGUGUUGUUCACUUGCCUGUUGACGUGUCUGUAGCGUAAUUGCACGAAUGUCAAACACCUUUGUUUACCAUACAUAUUGUGAACCACAACCCUUCUAUGCACUGACCUCUUGUGUACAUUGUACAAGCCCAGUGGUCUUGUUUUGACUGUCAUGAAACCUGACACCACAGACUAUGCCAUUAUAAGAUUAGGGGGGUGUUUCACUUGGGGACUAAAAAGGAAAGAUUGUAAAGUAGAUAUUUCAGCUCACAAGUGAAUAAAUUCAUUUUCUUCAUCAAAAUGAAGUCAUCAAUGCUUUGACGUAACUUUUUAUCAAGUCCAGAAUAAGAUUCUACAAGACAAAUCCAUAUCCUGUUUUUUUCUCCAGUUCUACAAAUGUGAAAGUUGGCUACUUGCCAAAAUUAAUGGAUGAGUGAUUACCAAUACUCAGAGUCCAAGUUAGACAUGCUUGAGUGUACUCUUCAAUAGGCAUUACUCCUUGUUUUUCAUCAGAUAAGUGGCAGCGAUGGAGGAAAGACAUAGAGAGAUUUUGAGGGCACAACUUCCUUAUCUCCGCAAGGACUUAAGGGUGAAGUAUGUGUUACCAGAACUUAAGAAAGAGGGCAUCAUUCUGCCAGCCAUGGAAGAAGAAAUUAUGGCUGUACCCACUUUUGAAGAACAGGUGGACAUGUUGGUGAAUCUGUUGGAGACCAGAGGACCACAUGCAUUUAAAGCGUUUGUUGCUGUCAUUGAAGGUACUUACCGUCAUUUGGCUGAAGGUUUGCGUCAAGAAGACAACAUGGCAAUUCCAGUGUUGCAAGCUGCACUACCUCAAGCCACAGCAGUUGAACAGCUCAGAGAAGAGAACCUUGCUCCUGUCUCAAACCCUUCCCUGAUGGUUCCAUCUCCUUCAGCUGUCUUCCCAGAGUGGCAGAGUAUGAACCCUGUUGAAGCAUGCUUUAAUGUUGUGGUAAGAAAUGCACGUCAUCAGUGGAAGGAAGUCUCACGCAUGCUAGGAUUAUCAGAACCAGAUAUUGCAGCCUUAGACAAGGAGCAUCGAGGGGACACAACUGAAUGCUGUCGCCAAGCCCUUAACCUGUGGGUGAGGGACAAUGGGAGAGCAGCUACACCUGCUGCCUUGAUGGAAGGUCUUGUCGCAGCCAGGUUUCAAAAUGUUGCAGACCAAGUGGAUGAGACAUGUAUGAGGCCCCAAGAAGUAGCGAGCCUUCGCCAGACAAGGGGUCUGAAAGUCCAGGAUGAUACACCACUGGCUAAAAGACAGAAAACAGGGCAGCUGGAGAUCAUUGUGGACGUGGAAGGAGAAAUAGCAAGACUUAAAGUUCCCUUUGGCAGUAAGGGGCACACGUCGCUUCAACAGACUUUGACAAUGGGGGGGUCUGUCUGUGCCAUAAAUGUAGAUGCAGCAGUCAAGAAGCUAGAGACUGCGUACUCUGGUACUGUCGAGUCUGUACAGGAAGGCUGUCUUCUGUUCAGCUUCAUUCCCUCUUCAAAAGCUAGCCUGGAGAAAUUGUGGGAAAGUUAUCAGUCAGGUGAACUAGACCAGCUUUUUCAGAAAACCCUCAUACAAAGUUCCUGCAAGAAGGCUGUCCAGCUGAAGAGCUUCAUCAGGAAGGAACAGUACCGCAUCUGCAAGUUGAAUGCACAGGAUUUCACACAAUGUGAAGGCCUUGUUGGACAGCUGUACCAUCAUGUUAAGAAGACUCGUCUUGCAUUGGGAGACCGAGUGAGCACCACUAUCCAGUCCCUGGACCUUGCCUCAACAGCCCUGCCCAGGUUCUCCUAUAUGCUGGCUCCAAACAUUGGGCAACUUGUGAAGGAGGAGCAUAGAGAGAAAUUAGGGCGCCUGGAGUCAAGAGAAAGACAGCCGCUGAUGCUGUCAUCAUCUUGGGUAGAGGCAUGGGAGACACCAUCAGAAUUCAGUGAACUUGGUGAAGAUGAUGCAACUGUGCCUUUAUCUGAAGUUUAUUCAAGGAGUAGUGGUGGAGCAAAGGAAAGUGGCUAUGAGUCACUUUCAUCUGCUGCUAAGGGCAAGGGGUCUAGAACAGUAGCAGGACAAACCAGAAGACUUAGUGUUCAACGUGUUAGGAAAAAGAGCAGUGAUGCUAAAGCUGAAACGCCCUUGUAUUCAGUGUUCAGUUGGUUUCAAGCAGCACCAAAGCCAGUUCGACAACCAACAACGAGGGAAUUGUUUCUGCUUUGCCGCAACCUGGGUGCCCAGUGGGAGCAGGUUGGUCAGCAGCUGGGGCUGGACCAGGACACGCUUGACCGCUGUGCUCUGGACAACAGGGACAGUCAGUGGGGACAGGUUCACGACAUGCUGCUGACAUGGAUGGAAGAGUUCGAGGCUGAGGCUACUGUGAAGAAGUUGACAACAGCUCUUAAAGCAGCAGAAGUGGGAGUGAAUCUCUACUCCUUCAUCAGAGUGCCAUCAGCCUUGGAGUUGUGUCUCCUUGCCUGCGAGCUACAGUCGGUAAGACACUGGGAACAGGUGCUUACACAACUGGGUUUGACACAGGACGACAUCAGUCAUGCCAAGACAACUCAUCCUGAUAGCAAACUCAAACAGAUCCAAACUGGACUGUUGAACUGGAGGGAGAAGUAUGGUGUGGAAGCAACUGUGGACAAACUGUGUGAGGGCCUGACAAGUCGGAAUGUUGACACAACACUCUUCCAGUUCCUGAAAGAUCCGUUUGAACGAGAACAAGCAUACAAGUUUCUUGGCACCCCUGCAGAGCAGCCCCCAUCCAUAUACAACUUGCUGUGUGUGGCAGACCGACUUGGGCCUGAAUGGGAAGGUACAGCUAUCCAGCUUGGUGUCAACACAAAAGAGGUAGAAGAGUCUAUGCACACCAAGCCUGCAAGCCCGACAGGUCUGGCAUUUGCUGCUCUUUUGAUGUGGAAGGACGCAGCUGGUGAAGAAGCUACUAUGGAAAAUCUGUUUGAAGCUCUCCGAACUCAAAGCAAGCAUCUGAUGCUUAAUCUGCACACUCCAUUCACAACCCAGAUUGCUAGUGUGUAUCAAAUGGGAACUCUUGCUGGAAACCUCAGCUUGGAGGAAUGUGAGUCUGUGUGUCUCCAGCUCGAACUUAUGAGAGAAGAAUUGGAAAUCUGCAGAGAGAGCUACAGACUAGACGAACAUGCCCAGAGGGUUGCCAUACUUCUGAAGUGGCUGGAAAAGGCAGGGGACCAGGCCACACUGGAUGCUUUGUGUGAAAGUCUUCAUCAUCAGAAAGUACCAAUGGACAAGUAUCACUUCCUCGUGGACACAUUCAUACCUGUGACCAGUAGGUGGCAGUUGGAAAUGCUUGCCAACAACCUCAGCAAGCAGACAUGUAAGGAUGUGAGUCUCAGGCUAGGAGUAACAGAAGAAGAAACAGAGACAUGUCUGAAGAUGUACCCAAAAGAUGAACAAGCCCAGAAGGCUGCCAUGCUCCUCAAGUGGCACAAAAAGGCCGGUGAGAUGGCUACAUUGGACAAGCUGUGUGAGGGUCUCUAUCAGGAGGGUGUACCUGUGGACAAAUACUGCUUCAUACAUGUUUCACCAGAAUCACUUGUGAGUGUGUGGCAGCUGGGAACUCUUGCUAACAAGCUGGAGAGGCGACUUUGUGAGGCUGUUUGUCUCCGACUGGGGCUGACAAAGGCUGAGGUGCAGGCCUGUUACCACAGGUUCAAGCGAGAUGAACAUGCCAAGAAGGCUGCCAUGCUACUACUUUGGCUCGACAAGUCUGGCAAUCAGGCUUCCAUUGGCAAACUGUGUGAAAGUCUUUACCAUGAAGGUGUUACUGUGGACAACUAUCGCUUCAUUUUUGACACAACAGCACGGCUAUCAACACAGACUGAGUUGAAAAGGCUUGCCCUGAACCUGACGUCAGACCCUUAUGCGUCCCGUGUAGUAGAAGCACUGGGUUUCUUGAAGCAGGAUAUGGAAGACUUGCAAAAGAAAUACCCAGGUAAUACAUUUGAACAGAUUGACGCCAUGCUGUUCCAGUGGCAAAAGAAGUCUGGUCAUGAAGCUACAGCAUUCAGGCUGUGUCAAGUUCUGCACCAGGUGGGGAUUGGACCAGACAAGUACCACCACCUUUGCUAUGAGCAACCUCUAUUGAUGGACUGGAUUUAAAGUCUUUUUUUUUUUAAAUUUAGUAGUACUUGAAGUUCAACUCAAAACAAGGCUCAUAAGGUGCGUUUGGGGUUACAGUACUGGAUUCUGAAGAAAGAUAUUUGCUUAUUCUUGUCUUGAAAAGUUUUAGAUUGUACUACACGGGAAGCAAUUCUGUGGAAGCUUGUUCAUAAUGAUGUAGUUCUAGGAAAGAAGGUGUAGAUGACUUAGAAGGCUUAAUAAUUCAAAGUCGAAGAGUAAACUUUAUUGCUUGAGACAGACAGAACUAAUGAGAACCGAAUAAUCUUUGUAGUACAUGGUCAUUUUUUAGACAAAGUUGUUGUAUGAUCUUAAAAACUACUACCUUGUACAAUGUACAUACUAUCUUAUCAGGCCAAUUAGUUGAUGUAAUUUACAGAAAAUUGACUGUUGAUCAAGUAGCAAACUUCUCAGAUAUACAUAUUUUUGCUGCAGUUUUUGCUACAUGUUCAUUACUUAUUAAUAAGAAUUGUGUUUCUAACCUUUCUAGUUAUGUUGAUUACAGAUAUUAACUAGGUGUUUAAGUUUAAGGUGGUAGAGCAGGGCUCUAGCCAGCUCAAGAUUUUUUUCCGUCAGCCAAUUCCCAUUGUCGCGAAAACACUAUUCCAGGAGUUAGAGGGACUGAACUGAGAUAUUGA